CUGGACUCGGGACACCCUCAAUGCUGCAUAAAUCGCUCCCAUGGCCAUGACGGUCCAUCAUCAUCUCCCCACUUUUCACUGUGUUUCAUCGAAUAAAAUUCCGUUUUCUUCUCAUUUCCCUUCACCGGGUUCCAUCGUUAUUGAUCGGCAAAAGUGCCGUUGCUCUUCGAUUGUUGCUUGUUCAAUCAAAAGACCCACCAAGUUGGUUUUAUUUUUAUCAUUUUUUCUUGUUUUCUUUCAACUUCCAUUGUGUAUUCGCGCUAAAGUUUGGAUCUUUAUUACGUUAUCUGUGGAUAUUCCGUUGAAAUGUUUUACGGGAUGGUGUUUGUAUUUGAGCUGGCAAUUGAACUUGACAAAGAUUCCAUUUUUUUUGUUCCUUUUCCUUUGUUAUUGAAUUGAAGGUUUGUGGGUUAUGUGUUGGGUUUAAUUGUUUACAGAGGUAGUAGGAAGGUAAGGAGUGAUGCGGAUCUUUGCAAGGAUAUUAGGGAGUUCUUGUCCAGUGCCGGACUUCCGGAAAAUCAUGUGCCUACUACGAAGGAGCUUUCGGACCAUGGAAGGCAAGACCUUUCAAAUGUAGUCAGGCGCAGAGGGUACAAGUUCAUUAGAAAUCUCCUUUCAAACUCAUCAACAGAAAAAGUAGUUGAAUCCAAUAUAGACACAGGUCAGAAUGAGAAGCAGGAAGUUUUCAUUGAUUCAUCGUCAAACGGGAGCAUCCAAGUGGAAGGCUUUCAUAGUUGCAUAGAAACAGAGGAAGAGCUCAAGUCAGAGUCAAAUGCUCUGUCUUUGCAGGAAAAGGUGGCUAAAUUCAUUCAGCAUGGAGAACUGGAUGCAAUUGAAGGCAAGUCCCGAUCAACUUCUACUUCUUUUUUACCUUUCCAUUUUGAUUCUUCGUGUGAUGGAUUGGAUAUUAUAAAUGAAGUAGAAAAUGGGGAGAAUAUUAAAUCAGAAGAUUCUCGAAUACCGGAAUUUGCAUUCAGUCAAAUGCCAAAUGGAAAUGUCUCUUCAUCAUCAGUCCAGCAUAUUGAAAAUCCAGGUUCGGAGAUUGACAACUUCAGACUAAGCAACAUGUCAAGUGAAGAACAAACAAGUGUUGAUGGUGAUAAGAAUUUAAAUGAUGAGAAAGUUGAAAAUCAGGAUGAAAUUAGACGUCUCAAAUUCUUGCUGCAUCAGAAGGAAUUGGAACUAACCCAGUUGAAAGAGCAGAUUGAGAAGGAAAAGCUGUCUUUAUCUCUCUUGCAAUCAAAAGCAGAAACAGAGAUCAGCAAAGCACAAAAUCUUAUUUCUAAAAAAGAGACCGAAUUACAUGCUGCUGAGGAGACCUUAUCUGGGCUAAAAGAGGUGGAGAUUGAUUACUCGGGUGAUGGGGAGACUGUGGAGCUAGCUGGUAGCUUCAAUGGCUGGGAUCAUACGAUAGAAAUGGAAUUACAGCCAUCAUCAAAUGUCACCCACUCAUCUGGAUCCAGGUCAUCUCGACUUUGGAGAGCUGUUCUGUGGUUGUAUCCUGGGGUUUAUGAGAUAAAGUUUAUUGUGGAUGGUCAUUGGAAAAUUGACCCUGAAAGAGAGUCCAUCAACUGGCAUGGUGCACAUAACAACAUCCUUCGAGUAGACANUUGGUUGGGGAAAACAAAAUUUUAG